ACUAGGUCGCCCUUGGUAGAGUGCUGUGGAGUCACAGCUCACAGCAACCUCAAACUCCUGGGCUUAAGUCAUUCUCUUGCCUCAGCCUCUCAGUAGCUGGAACUACAGGCACUCCUCCACAACUCCUGGUAUCCUGGUAUAUAUAUAUAUAUGGUAUAUAUGGUAUACAUAUACAUAUAUUGGUUUUGCUUUUGGUUUUGGCUGUAGGUGUCCUUGUUUGGCAGACCCGAGCUGGGUUCGAACCCACCACCUCUGGUGUAUGUGGCUGGCGCCCUAGCUGUUGGGCGACAGGCGCCGAGCCAGUAAGUUCUAUCUCAUAAAAAUCUUUAAAAAGAAACGUCAUGGAUCACAUGAAGGGACUCGAUCUCAUUUACCUCAGGUUUCACCACGAAUCGAACACGCAAUAACUUUCAGUCCAGCAAGUGGGGCAGAGAAGCGUCCUCAGGGCGGUUUAGGGCCACACCCACAACCUCUGGGCGCCCUCGCGCGCUCCGCCUCGGAGCCCGCAGUGGAGCCCGCUACCUUUAGCCUCAGAGGAGUCCCGGGUGUCGGGUCCACGGAUCUCAAGCGACCAGACGCCUCCCGGGCUGCUCAGCGCCUACCGCUCCUGACGCCAGGGGACGCCAGAUCCCAUCGGGACUCUCGACCUGACUCCGUGACUUCGGACGCACCCGUGACUUAGGUCUCCGGUUUCUCCGCUCAGAUCCGAGAUGACAGCAACGCUGAGCCUGGAGCCCGCGGGCCGCUGCUGCUGGGACCAGCCGGUGCGCAUCGCCGUGCACGGCCUGGCCCCCAAGCAGCGGGUCACGCUGCGCGCGUCCCUGCGCGACGAGAAGGGCGCGCUCUUCCAGGCCCACGCGCGCUACCGCGCCGAUGCCCGCGGCGAGCUGGACCUGGAGCGCGCGUCCGCCCUGGGCGGCAGCUUCGCGGGGCUCGAGCCCAUGGGGCUGCUCUGGGCGCUGGAGCCCGAAAAGCCUUUCUGGCGCUUUCUAAAGCGCGACGUGCAGACGCCCUUCGCCGUGGAGCUGGAGGUGCUGGACGGCCACGGGCCCGAGGCCGGACGGCUGCUGGGCCGGGCGGUGCACGAGCGCGGCUUCCUUCGGCCCGGCGUGCGGAGGGAGCCUGUGCGCGCGGGGCAGGUGCGCGCCACGCUCUUCCUGCCGCCAGGACCUGGACCCUUCCCAGGGAUCAUUGACAUCUUUGGUCUUGGAGGGGGCCUGUUGGAAUAUCGAGCCAGCCUUCUGGCUGGCCAUGGUUUUGCCACAUUGGCUCUAGCUUAUUAUGACUUUGAAGAUCUCCCAAAGCAAAUGGAUGGCGUACACCUGGAAUACUUUGAAGAAGCCUUGUGCUACAUGCUUCAGCACCCCCAGAUAAAGGGCCCAGGUAUUGGGCUUUUGGGCCUUUCUCUGGGGGCUGAUAUUUGUCUCUCAAUGGCCUCAUUCUUGAAGAAUGUCUCAGCCACGGUUUCCAUCAAUGGAUCUGUAUCCGGUGGAAGGACAGGCAUACACUAUAAGCAGACCAGCAUCCCACCAUUGGACUAUGACCUGAGGAGAACCAAAGUAACUUUUUCAGGACUCCUGGACAUUGUGGAUGUAGGGAAUGCUAUGGUUGGGGGGUGUGAGAACCCCAGCAUGAUUCCAAUAGAGAAAGCCCAGGGGCCCAUCCUCUUCAUUGUUGGUCAGGACGACCACAACUGGAGGAGUGAGUUAUAUGCCCAGGUAGCUUCUGAACGGUUACAGGCCCAUGGAAAGGAAAAACCCGAAAUCAUGUGUUACCCUGGGACUGGGCAUUACAUCGAGCCUCCUUACUUCCCCAUGUGCCCAGCUUCCUUUCAUAUGUUGUUGAACAAACCUGUGGUCUGGGGUGGGGAGCCCAGGCCUCAUUCUAGGGCCCAGGUAGAUGCUUGGAAUCAAAUUCUAUCUUUCUUCUACAGACAUCUGGAAGGUACCCAGAAGAGUGCUUUCUCCAAAUUGUAAUGCAUUGUUGUUAACCUGAGAGAGUCAAGGUCAGUUUCUAAUCUUGAGUAACCCUGUGUGAAUCAGACGGGUCAUGGAUAACAUUCAAUUCACAUCUUUGCCAUUUAUGGUGUAUUUUAGGUAACUUGAUUGAAUAAGUUUUGCUGUUUUAUUAAUGUAAAACAUACUUGAAGUUUCAGCUGUAUAUAACACAGAAAUAUUAAAAGCAUCUCUACUAU